CUGGGAAGCUGGUUCCUAAAGAGGAGGCAAAAACAAUCCACUGGAUGACGUGGACCAGCGUCCUUGGCCCAGAGGUGAACGGGAUCUGGCCCAAAUACUCCAACGUCACCAACGUGAACUCUGUGGACGCCAACUACAGCAGCGCGGCGCUGGUGACAGGGGACGACCUGGGCCUCGUCAAACUCUUCCGCUUUCCCUGCCUCAAGAAAGGAGCCAAGUUUAAGAAGUACAUCGGCCACUCUGCCCAUGUGACCACGGUGCGCUGGUCCAGCGACCUGCAGUGGGUGGUCAGCACCGGGGGGGCGGACCACGCCGUCUUCCAGUGGCGCUUCCUGCCCGAGGGCGUGAUGAACGGGGUCCUGGAGCCCCUCCUCCAAGAGGGUUACGCGGACUCCAACAGCGGAGAGUCGGACUCAGACGUGUCGGACGUCCCGGAGCUUGACUCGGACAUCGAACAGGAAGCUCAGACCAGCUACGAACGGCAGGUGUAUAAGGAGGACCUUCCCCAGCUCAGGAAGAAGCUGAUUGGUUCCCUGAAGCGUCAGAAAGCUCCGGAGGAGGGGCUUCGCCUGCAGUUCGUUCACGGGUACCGGGGCUUCGACUGCCGUAACAACCUGUUCUACAGCCAGGGCGGCGAGGUGGUGUACCACGUGGCGGCCGUGGCCGUGGUGUACGGCCGGCAGCAGCACGCGCAGCGCUUCUACCUCGGCCACGACGACGACAUCCUCUGCCUCGCCACGCACCCCCUAAAGGACUACGUGGCCUCGGCUCAGGUUGGCAGAGACCCGGCCGUCCACGUCUGGGACGUCCAGACUUUGAAGUGUCUGUCUUUGCUGAAGGGACACCACAGCAAGGGGGUGUGUGCUCUGGAGUUCACUGCGGACGGGAAGAGUUUGAUCUCCGUGGGAAUCGAUGAAUUUCACUCCAUCGUCAUCUGGGACUGGAAGAAAGGAGAGAGGCUGGCCAAGGCCAGGGGUCACAAAGAGAAGACCUUCGUGGUGAAGAGCAACCCCUUCAGGAUGGACAAGCUGGUGACGGUCGGCAUCAAACACAUCAAGUUCUGGCAACAUUCAGGUGGCGGUCUCACCUUUAAGCGGGGGAUCUUCGGGAACCUGGGCCGACAGGAGACCAUGAUGUCGGCGUGCUACGGCCGGUCCGAGGACCUGGUCUUCUCCGGGGCCACCAACGGGGACGUCUACAUCUGGAGGGACACCACGCUCAUCAAGACCGUCAAGGCCCACGACGGACCCGUGUUCGCCAUGUGCUCCCUGGACAAGGGCUUUGUGACGGGGGGGAAGGACGGCAUCGUGGAGCUGUGGGACGACAUGUUUGAGAGAUGUUUGAAGACGUACGCCAUCAAGAGAGCAGCGCUGUCCCCGUCCUCUAAAGGUCUGCUGCUGGAGGACAACCCGUCCAUCAGAGCCAUCACGCUGGGACACGGUCACAUCCUUCUGGGGACCAGGAACGGGGAAGUCCUCGAGAUCGACAAGACCGGCUCCAUGACGCUGCUGGUCCAGGGACACAUGGAGGGGGAGGUGUGGGGGUUGGCCGCCCACCCUCUACUUCCUGUCUGCGCCACCGUCAGCGACGACCGGACUCUGAGGAUCUGGGAGCUGUCGACCAAUCACCGCAUGGUCGCCGUGCGCAAGCUCAAGAAGGGCGGGCGGUGCUGUGCCUUCUCCCCCGACGGGAAGGCCCUGGCCGUGGGCCUGAACGACGGCAGCUUCCUGGUGGUGAACGCCGACACGCUGGAGGACAUGGUGACCUUCCACCACCGCCGCGAACUCAUCUCCGACAUCUGCUUCUCCCGAGACGCGGGGAAGUACCUGGCCGUGGCGUCCCACGACUCCUUCGUGGACAUCUACAACGUGCUGACCAGUAAGAGAGUCGGCAUCUGUAAAGGGGCCGGCAGCUGCAUCACGCACAUCGACUGGGACUCCCGAGGUAAACUGCUCCAGGUGAACACCGGGGCUAAAGAGCAGCUUUUCUUCGAGGCUCCAAGAGGACGCAAACAGAACAUCAGCAUGGCCGAGCUGGAGAAGCUGGACUGGGCCAGCUGGACCUGCGUCCUCGGUCCCCCCUGUGAGGGGAUCUGGCCCCCGCUGAGCUUCGUCAACACGGCGUCUCUCAGCAGGGACGGGACGCUGCUCGCCACCGGGGACGACUUCGGCUUCCUCAAGCUCUUCAGCUUUCCCUGCAGGGGCCAGUUCUCCCGGUUUAAGAAGUACGUGGGCCACAGCAGCAACGUGACCAACGUGCGCUGGUCCCAUGACGACGGCGUGCUGCUGUCGGUGGGCGGGGCCGACACGGCGCUGAUGGUCUGGAGCCGAGAGCCGCCGGGCCACAAGGAGAGCAAGGCCGUGGACAGCGAGGAGUCGGACGACGACACCGAGGAGGACGGAGGCUACGACAGCGACGUGGCCCGGGAGAAGAUGGUGGACUACGUCACUAAGAUCUACUCGAGCAGCAUCAGGAACAUGACGGGGACCAAACCCCACCUGGUCCUCAGAGAACCCCCUGUGGAGGAGAGACCUCCGGUGAGCCGAGCUGCUCCGCUGCCUGACAAACUGCUGAAGAACAACUUGACCAAGAAGAAGAAGGUGGUGGAGGAGCUGGUGUUGGAACACGUCUUCGGCUACCGAGGCUUCGACUGUCGUAACAACCUCCAUUACCUCAACGACGGCGCUGACAUCAUCUUCCACACCGCGGCCGCCGUCGUCAUCCAGAACCUGUCAGCCGGAAGUCAGAGUUUCUACCUGGAACACACCGACGACAUCCUGUGUCUGACGGUGAACCAGCACCCGAAAUACCAGAACGUCAUCGCUACGGGCCAGAUCGGUGACAUCACUGACCUGCCAGGCCUGGCUCCGUCCAUCCACGUGUGGGACGCCGUGACCAAGCAGACGCUGUCCAUCCUGCGCUGCUCCCACGCCAAGGCGGUCGGCUACGUCAACUUCAGCGCCACGGGAAGCUGCUGCUGGUCGGUCGGAGUGGAGCCUGAACACACCAUCACCGUGUGGCGCUGGCAGGAAGGUACCACCGUGGGGGGGCACCAUGGUAACGGUAACCGUGGCAACGCCGAGCGGAUCUUCGUGGUGGAGUUCCGACCCGACUCCGACUCCCAGUUCGUUUCGGUGGGAAUCAAACACAUCAAGUUCUGGACCCUGGUCGGGGGGGCGCUAGUCUACAAGAAGGGGGUCAUCGGCUCGGUGGAGGACGGGCGCAUGCAGACCAUGCUGUCGGUCGCCUUCGGGGCGAACAACCUGACGUUCACCGGCGCCAUCAACGGGGACGUGUACGUGUGGCGGGAGCACUUCCUGGUGCGGGUGGUUGCCAAGGCGCACAGCGGCCCGGUGUUCACCAUGUACACCACGCUGAGGGACGGGCUCAUCGUCACCGGGGGGAAGGAGCGCCCGACCAAGGAGGGCGGAGCCGUGAAGCUCUGGGACCAGGAGAUGAAGCGCUGCCGAGCCUUUCAGCUGGAGACGGGCCAGCCGGUGGAGAACGUCCGCUCCGUCUGCAGAGGGAAGGGUAAGAUCCUGGUGGGGACCAAAGACGGAGAGAUCAUCGAGGUGGGGGAGAAGAACGCCGCGUCCAACACCAUGAUCAACGGACACACUAAGGGGGGCAUCUGGGGACUCGCCACGCACCCCUUUAAAGACGUCUUCAUCUCCGCCAGCGACGACGGGACCAUCCGGAUCUGGGACCUGGCUGAUAAGAAACUGCUGAACAAGGUGAGUUUGGGUCACGCUGCCAAGUGCACGUCCUACAGCCCCAACGGGGAGAUGGUGUCCAUCGGUCUGGAGAACGGAGAGUUCAUCGUCCUGCUCGUCAACUCGCUCACCGUCUGGGGCAAGAGGAGGGACCGCAGCGUCGCCAUCCAGGACAUACGGUUCAGUCCAGACAACCGGUUCCUGGCGGUGGGUUCGGUCGAGAGCGCGGUGGACUUCUACGACCUGUCUCUGGGUCCGUCCCUGAACCGGAUCGGCUACUGCAAGGACCUCCCCGGCUCCGUGAUCCAGAUCGACUUCUCAGCCGACAGCAAGCACAUCCAGGUUUCCAGCAGCACCUACACCCGGCAGGUGCAUGAGGUCCCCUCGGGGAAGAUGGUCUCGGAGCAGUCGGUGUCUGAGAGGAUCACCUGGGCGACCUGGACCAGCAUCCUGGGAGAUGAAGUCCUGGGCGUGUGGCCCCGUAACGCGGAGAGGGCCGACGUUAACUGCGCCUGUGUGUCGCACGCCGGCCUCAACCUGGUGACCGGAGACGACUUCGGACUCAUCAAGCUCUUCGACUUCCCCUGCUCCGAGAAAUAUGCGAAACACAAGCGCUACUUCGGCCACUCUGCACACGUCACCAACGUCCGCUUCUCCUGGGAUGACAAGUACGUCAUCAGCGCUGGAGGCAGCGACUGCAGUUUAUUCGUUUGGAAAAGUCAGUAAGUUUUCAAAACCCUGAUGACCUUUGACCUGAGACCUCUAGGGACAGGAAGUCCAACCAGUCCAAUCCUCUGGGGACAGGAAGUCCAACCAGUCCAAUCCUCCGGGGACAGGAAGUCCAACCAGUCCAAUCCUCUGGGGACAGGAAGUCCAACCAGUCCAAUCCUCUGGGGACAGGAAGUCCUACCAGUCCAAUCCUCCGGGGACAGGAAGUCCUACCAGUCCAAUCCUCUGGGGACAGGAAGUCCAACCAGUCCAAUCCUCUGGGGACAGGAAGUCCAACCAGUCCAAUCCUCUGGGGACAGGAAGUCCUACCAGUCCAAUCCUCUGGGGACAGGAAGUCCAACCAGUCCAAUCCUCUGGGGACAGGAAGUCCAACCAGUCCAAUCCUCUGGGGACAGGAAGUCCUACCAGUCCAAUCCUCUGGGGACAGGAAGUCCUACCAGUCCAAUCCUCUGGGGACAGGAAGUCCGAAUCCUUUCCUAC